UCAUUUCCAAAGCUGUGUUCAAAGAUUACCUAAAUCACUUUGGGUUGAUCCAAUCCUCCAUAUUUUUCCUCCCUGGCCCAACAUCUCUACAACUCGGUGCCAAACUCGGGUGGUAAAUUUUCGUCCUUCAUCUCGGCGCUGCUCACACUGCUUCUCUCCUCUGUCCACCGCCGGAAAAUUCAAGCUUAGCCAAUUACUUUUAUAAAGAAAACGACAGCUCUAAAUCAAGACUGGCUCUUCGUUGCUUGCAGAAUUGAUCGAUGAAUGAUCCCCAACUAAUGGAAGACGACGUAGAGCAAGAGCUAUGGAGUUGGGGGGCAGGAACCGACGCCCAGCUCGGCACCGGCCGGCUCGAGGACAACAAUCUCCCUCAACUCGUUCGAACUCCGUCACUCUCCUCCGCCCCCGCCAUCUCAUUCCUCUCCUGCGGUGGCGCUCAUGUCAUCGCUUUGACUGCCGGUGGCGGGGUACUUACUUGGGGAAGAGGCAAUUCAGGGCAGUUGGGGCUAGGAGACAUGAUAAGCAGCUUACACCCUAAGCCAGUGAUGAGGCUGGGGAGCUACUUCAUAACCCAUGUUUCUGCUGGAUGGAGCCAUUCUGGUUUUGUUUCAGAUGAGGGAAAGCUUUAUACUUGUGGGGAUGGCUCAUUUGGGCAGUUAGGGCAUGGUGAUUACCAGUUACGUUGCUUCCCUGAGGAGGUCCUGUUUUUCUCCGAUAAACAUGUUGAUAAGAUUGCGUGUGGGAUGCGCCACUCGCUUGCAUUGGUGAAAGGCUCUUCUGGUGAGCAAGUUUACGGAUUUGGAGCUGGGAAACGGGGUCAAUUGGGUAUCUCCAAGAAGAUUCAGACUGUUAAUCUCCCCAUACUUUCUUCCAAUUUGGAAGCUGCUGAAAUAGUUGGCAUAGCUGCUGGCGGAGAUCAUAGUGCUGCUUUAUCCGCUGAAGGGCAUCUCUACACUUGGGGAAGGGGAUUCAAGAGCACUUCAGAUGUAUAUUCUCCUCAACAUCUACCUUCGCCUUCAUCGUUCAGUAAAGUUGCUCUUGGAUGGAAUCAUGCACUAGUGUUAACUGAUGAAGGGGAACUUUAUAUGCUUGGCGGCAAACAUCACGGAGCGCUGAGUGAUUCUGAAAUGCUAAAUUCGAUGAAGUCUCUGCCUGCAGGCGAUUCCAGGGAAGACAAUUUCCAAGCAGUCCCUGCUCUUAGUGGAAUAAAAGUUUUGGACAUUGCAGCUGGGGCCGAGCAUUCUGUAAUCGUUACAGAGGAUGGAGGUGUAAAGACUUGGGGUUGGGGGGAGCACGGUCAGCUUGGUUUGGGAGAUACAUGUGACCACACCAAUCCACAAACGGUGAAUCUAAACCUCAAACUUGAGAGUACUGCUUAUGACGUCAAAGUCUAUUGUGGCAGUGGCUUUACAGUUGCCGUUGCAACAUCCAAUCUCCCUAAUUGAAACUGCAUUGCCCUUUGGAGAAAACUCCAUUGUAUGAUUUAGGUUUUGGGGGGGUGGGGUAAGCAAGAAAAGUAAUAUUGCAUUAGCCAUCACAGGCUGAAAUGAAUCUUCAACAAUUUUUAUUGAGCUAAUCAAGUCUUGUGGCAAAAUUGUUCUA